CAGAAUUAAUGUUAUUAAAAUUCAUUAUAUUUAUAAUUUAGUAAUAAAUUUAGCUUACUUAUUAUUUUACUUGAUCGUUUACAGUAUUUACACUUCUCGUAUGUUACGUCUGAAUAGUUAGAUAACGCUUUCAGUUGGUGAAAAAUCCAGGCGAUUUCAGUAGAUAUCAAAUAAAUAUCUUAAUUUAAAAUAUUGACAAAAAUUAACAAAAGAAAUUUGUUAGCACAAAAUGAGUUUUAACCGUUACAAAGACAUUAUUGAAGAAGGUGACACGGUCAUAUUGUAUAUAAAUCCACAAGCAAUGUACGCUAUACAAGCCCAGUCAGUAAUUGAAAAUCGUAAAGGAGAGAAGGUUGAGAAUGUUAUGCAGACUAAGUAUGGAGCAUUGAAAAUUUCAUCAUUAUUCGGAAAACCGUUUGGAUCAAAAGUGAGUUUGUCCAAUGGAUGGGCUCAUGUUUUGUAUCCCACACCUGAACUUUGGACACAGACAUUACCUCACAGAACUCAGAUUAUAUAUACACCAGACAUAAGUCUAAUUAUGUUCAUGUUAGAACUUAAGCCCGGUAGCAUAGUGGUUGAGUCAGGUACUGGAAGUGGAUCAUUGACUCAUGCUAUGGCCUUAAGAGUAAAACCUACUGGACACAUUUAUACUUACGAUUUUCAUGAACAAAGGGCAGAUCAGGCACAAAAAGAAUUUAAAUCUCAUGGUUUGUCUGAAAAUGUCACCAGUCAAUGCAGAGAUGUUUGCCAAAAUGGGUUUUGUGAUGAUGUUACUGGUAAAGCUGAUGCUGUAUUUUUAGAUUUACCUCAUCCACAUCUAGUUGUUCCAUUUGCUAUCAAAGCCUUAAAACCAUCAGGUGGUGGAAGGAUUUGCACAUUUUCGCCAUGUAUUGAACAAGUGAUGCGCACGUGUCAGACGUUGGUGGACCACGGUUUCGUCCAAAUUAAGACGGUCGAGUGUCUGGAAAAAGAAUACCAAGUGCUAAACAGGACUGUGACGACGUUCGCCACCGCCAGUAGACCGCCGUCCGCUUCGGGUCCGCAGAAUACAACCGAAGAACCUAUCAAUGAUAAGAAAUUUGUGGCUUGUCUCCCGUCUGCAUCCCCUCGCGGUCACACGGGUUACCUAACCACAGCUACGUAUCUCACGGAAACUCGACUACAGCAGCAGGAAUCGGAGAUCGAGAAUGCGUGCGAAAAAUGAAAACUCUGCAGACGGCAGCAUAAGACUUUGCCGGGGUAGAGAAGUCUCUUGUUUAUUUUUAUAUAUUAUAUAAUAUUAUUGUCUGUAUUAUUAUUUUUUACGUACAAUUAUUAUACAUCGAUACACGUAUAUAAUGUGCAUGUGCGCGCGACUGUUCAAUUGUACUGGCGCUAUAUGUAUAUAUAAUAA